CGGUUUCCCGAAUCGAUAAUCUAUGGUUACAGAGCCUUACACGAUAAGACGCAGCUGGAGAAUGUUGGGCCAUUGGCAUCGGUCCUUAAGUCCCGGGCAGUGGUACGGUUCCGAGGUCCAGACACAGUGAAAUUCCUGCAGGGGCUGUUGACAAAUGACGUAAGGAGGUUUGGUGAACCUUUGAGUGAGAAGACCUCAACAUUGAUUACCCCCAAUUUAUCCUCGGAGUCCAUACCUCCCAUGUAUGCCGCACUAUUAACGCCUCAGGGAAGGUUUUUAUAUGAUUUCAUCUUGUAUGGCCUGCCUAGGCCUGAUCACAAGCUUAAUAGGGCAGGGUCGGGACCUGGGGCAGACCCAGAUGAGCCAUUGGAGGUCUUUGCUGACGUGGAUGCUUCAGUCAUGGAUGAGCUAUUGAGCACCCUAAAGAAAUAUCGGUUGAGGGCUAAGGUUGACAUUGAUAAUGUGGCAGAAGAAUCACAUUGCUGGCAGCGUUUUGGGGGAAAACUUUCUCAGAAUGCCUCUUCUGAAGAAGAACCAGAGGCUGCUGGUGUUGGGUGGGGUGCUGGUGUUGAUCGUUCAGGCAUGUCAGCUUCACGUGGGGAACCUUUUGGAUGGCAGUGGUUCAAGGAUCCUAGAUUAGAUUGCCUUGGUUUCAGGGGAAUUUUCCCUGCUAAAACAACUCCACCUUUGGUUGAAGCUGGCAAAGAAACAGAUGAACAAAAUUACCUGCUGUGGAGAAUAGUAAAUGGUGUUGCAGAAGGAUCGACCGAGAUCCCAAUAGGUGAGGCAAUACCUCUUGAAUAUAACUUGGUGGCUCUAAAUGCAAUUAGCUUUGAUAAAGGGUGUUAUGUAGGCCAAGAGCUUGUAGCUCGAACACACCACAGAGGGGUCAUUCGCAAACGCCUGCUUCCCUUAAAAUUUCUCAAAGAAAAUGGAGAAGAAGCAGAGCAGAAAGUUGCUCCUGGCUCCGAAGUGGUUGAUCCUGCUAAUUGUUGUUGUGCUCAUACCUUUGUUGCUUUUGUUGAAAGUAAAAUAAGGUACAUGUUGUCAUGUUUCAAGAAAGAUGAUGUUGUAUAUUAAGCUUACUCAUCUUUACAACUUGCACCGAAGUGGUUUCAUGGUCGAUAA